AUGCUCCAGGAUCUUAGAGAUUCCAACAGUUCUAAGUUCCAGGUCACUGAGUUCAUCUUGAUGGGAUUCCCUGGCAUCCACAGCUGGCAGCACUGGCUCUCCCUGCCCCUGGCUCUGCUCUAUCUCUUGGCUCUCAGUGCCAACAUCCUUAUCCUGAUCAUCAUCAACCAAGAGAUGGCACUGCACCAACCCAUGUACUAUUUCCUGGGCACCCUGGCAGUGGUGGAUAUGGGUCUGGCUACCACCAUCAUGCCUAAGAUUUUAGCUAUCUUGUGGUUCAAUGCUAAGGCCAUCAGUCUCCCUGAGUGCUUUGCUCAGAUGUAUGCCAUACAUUGUUUUGUGGCCAUGGAGUCAGGUAUCUUUGUCUGCAUGGCUAUCGACAGAUAUGUAGCCAUUUGCCACCCACUGCGAUAUCCAUCGAUAAUAACUGGGUCCUUUGUGAUCAAAUCAGCUGUGUUCAUGGUAUUCAGAAACAGUCUGUCUCCCAUCUCAGUGCCUGUGUUGGCUGCCCAAAGACACUACUGUUCCCGGAAUCAAAUUGAACACUGUCUUUGCUCUAACCUUGGAGUCACUAGCCUAUCCUGUGAUGAUAGUAAAAUCAAUAGUAUUAAUCAGUUACUUUUGGCUUGGACACUCAUGGGAGGUGACCUAGUAUUGAUUAUUUUAUCAUAUGCUUUAAUACUUCACUCUGUGCUGAAACUGAACUCAGUAGAAGCUGCAUCUAAGGCCUUAAGUACCUGCACUUCCCACCUCAUUCUAAUCCUUUUUUUUUACACAGUCAUCAUUGUCAUUUCUAUUACUCAUGGUGCAGGAAUAAGAGUUCCUCUCAUUCCAGUUCUACUCAAUGUGCUACACAAUGUCAUUCCCCCUGCCCUCAACCCUAUGGUGUAUGCACUCAAGAACAAGGAACUCAGACAGAGCUUCUAUAAGGUGCUUAGGUUGGAUGUUAAAAACAACUAA